GAAGAAUUAAUCAGUCGCUCUCCUGCUUGAGCGCUCAGCAAGGUGUCUGCCUGCCGCCUUGCCUGUCUCCCUCCCUUCCUCCCCGCCCGUCCGACCGACCGACUGCCUGCCUGCCCGCCUGGCCGCUGCCGUCCAACGCGGCCCCGAAGUCACCUACCGCGGCCACCUGAAUAUCUCACCAUGGCGACCAGCGCGAAGCGAAAGCAAGAGGAGACUCAUUUGAAGAUGCUCCGGGAAAUGACCAGCCUUCCCGCGAAUAGGAAAUGUUUCGACUGUGAUCAGCGCGGCCCGACCUAUGUCAACAUGACAGUAGGCUCCUUCGUCUGCACCACCUGCUCCGGCAUCUUGCGAGGGCUGAACCCUCCACACAGAGUGAAGUCGAUUUCUAUGACUACGUUUACGCAGCAAGAAAUUGAGUUCCUUCAGAAACACAGCAAUGAGGUCUGUAAACACAUCUGGUUGGGCCUCUAUGAUGACAGGACGUCAGUUGUUCCAGAUUUCCGGGAGCCACAGAAAGUGAAAGAGUUCCUCCAGGAAAAAUAUGAAAAGAAAAGAUGGUAUGUGCCUCCGGACCAGGCCAGGUCCGUCAUCUGCGUCCAGGCAUCUGUUUCUGGCUCCUCAGCAAGCAGCACUGGCAGCACCCCGGAAGUUCAGCCUCUCAAGACCUUACAACUCAACAAGACCCCACUUCGUCAAUCCCCAGGGUUGGGCCGCUCCCAGGCUCACAUCACUGCCCAAGAGAAAAAGUUUGACCUGCUGUCGGACUUGGGUGGUGACAUUUUUGCUGCCCCACCCGCCCAGGCUGUCAACUCUACCAACUUUGCCAACUUUGCACAUUUUCCAAGCCAAUCAGCAGCAACUCAGGCUAACACAGACAGCAACUUUGCCAACUUUGAUGCAUUUGGAAACACUGCAAUUCCAUCUCAUCUGAGCACGUCACCCCCCUCAAAGUCCUUUUCCACAGGAGGAGGCGUGCCAAUUCCGUCCAGGUCAAGUGCUCUCCCCAUCCAGUCCCAAUCCGGGAGCUGCACACAGGAUCGCUACGCUGCUCUGGCCGAAUUGGACAACAAGCUAAGCUCGUCUGCAGGCAGCGGUGUGCAAGGGAGUUAUUUUGGUCCAGUGCUUGGCUCAUCUCCAGCCCAGAAUGCACCUGUUCUACCCAGCAUGCAGCCCGGCUUUGGAGCCUUCCAUUUAGGUGUGCCUUCCACAAAUCCCUUUGUUGCUGCAGCUGUUGCCUCCGAGAUGGCCACCAACCCUUUCCAGGCCAAUGGGAGAGCUUCGGCGGCUGCAGCCGCCUCAUUUGGUACUGGCUCUAUGAGCAUGCCUGCUGGCUUUGGAAAUUCGUCUUCGUACUGCCUCCCGACCAGUUUCAGCGGAAACUUCCAGCAACAAUUCCCUGGCCAGGCCCCCAUCCCUUACUCACAACCCGGGGCCUACCACCCUCAGUCCAAUGGCCCUGCAUUUCCGGUUUAUGGUCCAAACAAGCCUUCCAUGACGCCGUUCGGUCAGCCCAUGGCCGGUCCUGGCGUGUCCAAUAACCCCUUCAUGGCAGGAGCCCCUACUGGAGCAUUCCCUUCAGGUGGUACCUCAACCAACCCGUUCCUGUAGCACAACCCUCAGUCCUCAUCACCAGAGGGCAGCAUGCAGCACAUUAGUCAACACUCCGUUAAGUCACGCUAUUAGUGGCACUACAUUUCUAUCCACACAAAGUUUACACUAUGAAGGAGUACAAAGGACUGUAUUGAAAACUAAGGGACUGUUAGGGUGAAAAUGUUUGGACUAUAUACAUACAUUGUUUUUUUUUAUCAUUUGUUAAUGCCUGUACGCUUGUGUGCAUAUCAUCAUUUGUAAUCAUAUUUACCGUAUGAUGUGUAACGAGGACCGUUUUAACAAAGGUGAGUUGCCACACCUUAUGUAAAAACCACUACACGCUAUUUUAAGUGAGGGUUUAUUUACCAACAGAUGCAGGUAAUUCAUUUCAAAAAGGGAUUUUUAUUUUAUUUUAGCAUGAAUGCUACUAAACUGGCACUUAGGCCCAAAUUGUCCAACCCAGUUACGCUUGCCUAUAACCAAAAGGAGCUUGCAAAAAUGGUAUAAAUCCAUGCAGGUUAGUCGGUAUGCUGUUUUAAUCGUUAAGGAAAAUUGCGGCGCCAAAGGUCAUUAACCAAGGCCAGGUCUUUUGAGUAACUUAAACUUAAGGUGAGCAAACGUGAGCACAAAUGCACUAAAGAGGCUUGACUAUUUAGAUAAUGUGUGCAAAAUGACCCAAAUAACCGCUCGCCGCUUGAGGAUAACAGAUUGCAAAUGUGAACCAUGUUUGACGUGAGCUGCCUCAGCAUAGGUCUCACUAUUCGGGUUUGCACUCAAUCAAGGCUGCGUUUUCUUUUUUUAUUAUUCAUUUAAUUUGACUCUGGACAUAUAUUAGGGUCCCAAUUGUGCCGCUCGUGACUAACAAAUAAAUUUCAUGUGUUUCUUGUCUUUACAAAAAUAGCUAAGUCAAUGUGUACAUAUAUAAAUAUAUGUAUAAAUAAAUUAAACAAUUUUUAAAUACUG